AUGAGCGAAGUCGACGCAACCCCAGCCCCAACUGGGGUUGGUACUACCUUCCCUGCAGCUUUAGACGAAGGAUCUCUUUAUAAGAAUGAGACAGAGGAUGCAUUUGCAGAUGAUGAGGCGAGACAGCACGAGGAUCAACAACAGCAAAGUGCAGAUGAUGGCGAGAAUGGAAGUGGGAAUGAUGAUGACGUUAUACCAACGGCAAUAGUCAUCAAAAACAUCCCAUUUGCCAUAAAAAAAGAGCAACUUUUGGAUGUCAUUGCAAAAAUGAGCUUGCCUUUACCAUAUGCCUUUAAUUACCAUUUUGACAAUGGUGUAUUCAGAGGGUUGGCAUUUGCGAAUUUCACCAAUACAAAUGAAACUACGCAGGUCUUGAAUUCGUUAAAUGGAAAGGAAAUUGGCGGUCGCAGGCUGAGAGUGGAAUAUAAAAAGAUGCUGCCGCAAGCAGAGAGGGAAAGAAUUGAGCGUGAAAAGAGAGAAAAACGGGGUCAACUUGAAGAACAGCAUAAAUCUCUUUCUAAUCUUUCAUUGCAUUCUCUGAAUAAAAGUUCUACGAACGCAAAUCCUUCUAACACACAGUUAUUCUCGACUUUUUUUGGUGAUGCUGCAGGCUCUUCCAAUCAAACGAAUAAUAAGAACACAGGUGGUCUUUUAUCAGCUCAAAAUACAGCAAGUUCAUUCUUCCAGACGCAAUUAUCUCAAUCGCAUCAACAGCUUCAGCUGUCGUCUCAGCAGAUCCAGCCUUCUAAUUCACAGCAGUCUCAGCAGAUUCAACAACAACAGUCUGCAAUGCCUGCUGGGGUGUUGAGCAAUGAAAGAUAUUAUGCACCGCUACCUUCUUCAAGUACGUUACCAUUGCCGCCUCAGCAGCUAGAUUUCAAUGAUCCUGACACGUUGGAAAUUUAUUCUCAGCUUUUACUUUUCAAGGAUAGAGAAAGAUUUUAUUAUGAACUAGCAUAUCCUCUUGGCCUAUCAGCUGGUCAUAAGAGGAUUAUCAAUGUAUUAUGUUCAUUUUUGGGUCUUGUGGAAGUGUAUGACCCAACUUUUAUUGUAAUUAGAAGAAAAUUAUUGGAUCACGCCACUUUACAAUCACAUUUACAACAACAAGAUCAAAAUUCAAUGAUGAAUCCUUUGCAACCUAGCUCUACCGGCGGUUCUAUGAACAGAUCUCAUUCCUAUACAAGUUUAUUGCAAGCGCAUGCGGCUGCAUCAGUUGCAGCUGCAUCAGGUAAUCCAGUGAACAAUGCAAUUAGUCAUCCAAAUCUUGGAGCUAGCGGAAGUGCUUCUACCACACCAAAGUUAUCUAGCCAGGCCAAAAUGGUACCACAAACAAGCUCGCAGAAUGGUGCUACUCCAUUGGUUCAAUCGAGUUCCAACUCUCCAUCACAGUUGAUGCAACCAAUUGCACUACAUAAUACGGAAAUUCAAUCAAAUCAGCAACAACAACAAUCUUUCUUAAGACAGCAGGCUGCUUUAACUCCUUCUUCCAGAAUUCCUUCGGGCUAUACGACAAACCAUUCACAAAUAAACACUGUAAACCCUCUUUUGAGAAACAACGGUAUAUCCCCUCCUACAACUAAUGUUCAACCCAAUACUCCUCAGCAUCGUGUGCCUACAUCUUUUUUCGCGAGUUCAUCUACCAAUCUGCAAAUGACAGAAGUUCAGCAACAGCAACAGCAACAACAACAACAACAACCUAAAGGCCAAUUGCUACCGCAGCAUACCAAUGGAUCUAUGCAUUCAAAUUUUUCGAUUCAAUCUAUACAUGAUGAUUCUUUAUCAGGAGUCAAUAAUAAUGAUAUGAUGUAUACUUCUCUGGGUCAUACAGGAUUUGGUAAUGGACUCGAAGAAGGUUUAAGUCGGUCUCUUAGCGGCCUGGAUCUACAGGGCAAUGCAGCAGGCUCUAACACUUUGAGCAACGGUAAUGCGAACGCUAGAAAAACUUUAUGGUAA